GCAAUUCAGUGUGUUAUUUUAAUUUAAAAGUUUUAUUAACCUAUCAUGGAAGACAAUUCUGAAAACAAAAAUGAAAACACCGAAUUCAAGAAGCCUGUUCUCAUUGGACGCAUUGGAAAACUACCCAAAAAGGCGAAACUCGAAGCCGACAAGCCUAAGGAACCCAAAACAGAAGAAAUUAAUAUACAAACAUCUGAACCAAUCGCUAAAAGUUCAUUACCACCGGCGGUUCUAAUGAAAGAGCUAUCUACACCCAUACCCUAUAAAGAACCGAAAUGGUCAGGAAUUUGUCCGGAUGGUUCGGAAUAUGGUCUUGAAGUGUUGAAAUCUGGUAUGAUUGUUGAAAAAGUUGAUUUAACAACCAAACCAUUCUAUGUUUUUGGAAGACUAGCUAACUGCGAUGUUGUGAUGGCACAUCCAACCAUAUCAAGGCACCAUUGUGUCCUGCAAUAUAAAGCAUUUGCUGAUGAAGGUGAACCACCUUGCGGUUGGUACUUGUAUGAUCUGGGCAGCACUCAUGGAACAUUCCUUAACCGGGACAGAAUAAAAGAGAAGCACUACAGCAGAGUCAGAGUUGGUCAUCAAAUCAAAUUUGGGAACAGCACCAGGACAUAUAUUUUACUUGGUCCAGACUUUGAUUGUGAGGGUGAAUCGGAAUUAACAGUGACAGAAAUUAAACAAAAAGCAUUAGACAUGAAGUUGACAAGAGCAAAGAUGAUACAAGAAGCAAAGGAAGCAAUGGAGAAGGAAAGACUGGAGGAAGAGAAAAAAAGAGAGGAACAAGGAAUUGAUUGGGGAAUGGGCGAAGAUGCAGACGAAGAACCUGACCUUGCAGAAAAUCCAUACGCUACCACUGCCAAUGAAGAGCUAUACUUGACGGAUCCUAAAAAGACGUUGCGUGGAUAUUUUGAAAGAGAAGGUCAUGAGUUAAGCUAUAAUUGUGAAGAAAGGGGUGUCGGCCAGUUUAUUUGCAGGGUGGAACUACCGAUUGAUGACGCCCGAGGUCGUCCUGUGGUGGCAGAGGUGAUCCAUCGCGGUAAGAAGAAAGAGGCCGUAGUCGCUUGCGCCCUAGAGGCAUGCCGGGUACUCGACAGAGCUGGACUAUUAAGGCAGUCAAAACAUGAAUCACGUCGGCGUAAAGAACGUGAUUGGAGCGCGGAUGACUACUACGAUUCGGACGACGACUCGUUCCUCGACCGCACCGGGCAUGUGGAGAGGAAGCGCAAGAUGCGUAUGAUCAAACUCGGCGCGGCACAGGAUAACAACGAUAAGCCACUCACAUACGAUGAUCUGCUCAAACAAAUAGAAGAGAUAGAAGAGAAGAUAAUCAAGGAAGAGAAAUCCCUGGCUCGUCUGCGUUCAGGUGGUGAGAGUCAGACGGGCAGCAACAACGAUGAUGAUGCGCUUGACGCGUACAUGAACGAACUCGCGUCUAAACCACAAGCUAUGGCUGUUAAAGCUGAUAUAUCAAAGACUAAGAUGAACAUACAAAAACUAAAAGCUGAGCUAGCUAAAACACAAAGACUCGCGGAUAUAGCUCGGCCUGCGCACGCGCCGCCAAUCAUCAAGAAAGAUGAUAAAAAGAUGACUGUGAAGGUUGGAAGUAAUUCAGUUGUUUAUGGAAAAAGGUUAAAACUUAAAGACGGUGAAAAACGGCCUAAAGUUAAACAAGAAAUGAAGAAAGAAGAAACAGAAUUCGUCGAAGAAAUGGACUCAGAUGAGGAAAGUGAAACUAAAAACAAAACAGAAACAAAAUUAAAAACAAAAGAGAACAACAACGGAAUAAAAGAAACUGAAUCAAUAGAUAAUAGACCUGAAAUAGAAAAAAGUGUUAUUAAAAAUGCUAAUAGUGAAAUUAUUAAAGUAAAAAAUGAUGAGAAUCCAGUUAAGCGCAUGUUUGGUCCAAUGAGACCUCCUGAUGACUAUGUAGUACCAGAAGGGUAUUUUGAUCAAGAAACUGACAGAGAUUUGCCUGAAAUCGAAGAAAAAGAAUAGCUUUAAGUGAAUAAAAUAAUUAGAUGUA